AUUGACUAUAAUUUUUUUUAAGCUUUUAACUUAUGAGUACAGUCAUUAAAUAAUUUUGACUAUUCACACCACUAAUUUGAACCAAGGACCUCAGAACGGUGCAACACCGCGCACAGAAUAAAAGUAUGCCCCCAAGGCAGUCAUUAAAUACUUUUAAAGUUUUACUAUGGUCAGGAAUUUGCCAAAUUAGGUUAUUAAUUUACUUACUAAAGUAUAAUUAUGGAUACUUAAAAUGAUAGCUUUAAUAAUUGCAUUCUGAAUUGUUUAUUAAAGGAAUAAAUAAUAUAAACUUGGUAGAGCAACAAUAGGUAUGCUAUUUUUAUUACCUUACCUCUGAGAAUCCAAGGCCUCCUGGUUCACAGUCUAUACAAUACCAGCAGACUAAUCAAGCCAUUGGUGGUCUCAAAGGGUGGCGAAUGGGGCAGCAGCCCAGGGCCCUUCGCUUGCAAAGGGCAGAAAUGAAAAACAUUACCUUCCUUCAGCAAUUGGCUAAAAAGGCCUCUCAAAGAUUUACAGCAUUAGUUAAAUUUGUCACCAUUUGAAACUACAAAUAUGUAUUAGAUAUAGUGAUAAGGUAAUCUAUUAUGAGGAUUAAAAGUUGUUAUUGUAAUGUAUGUGUAUCAUUGUGUGCUUGUUCAUUAAUGUUAGUUAUCAUAGUUAAUUAUUAAAUUCAAUAUGUAUAUAUCAAAUAUCAACAAGCAACAGUUGUAUAUUGAGCAUUGUAAUUGAGAUGUUUCUUUUGUUGAUAACAAUGUGUGGAUUAGUAUGAUUAUAUAAUUUUUGUGUUAAUACAUUAUAGUUUUUUCUUGCAAGAUUUGGUAUUUUUUUUAUAAAUUCACAGCUUUUUUUUUAUAAAUCAGAUCUGCCAUAAAAAGUUCUGGAGGUAUGAAAUUAGUAAUAAAAACACAAAAUAAGUUGUUACUCAUGGACAGGUUAAUUUAAUAUAAACGGAAAAAAUGAAUCACCUAAUGGUUUAUAAACAUAGUAUUCACGAAUUAACUUAAGUUUUCCCCCUUUUUAAAGGUAGAUUUAUCUGUUCUCACAUGAGGAGAUUAUUCCCACGAACUUUUUUGUGAAUGUAUGGCACUUACUUGCAAUCAAAUAUCGACUCAAUCUCUAAGCUCUAUGGUUGUAUUUCCAGACUGGAGCUACCGACAUGGAGCCUAGAGCAGUUGAAGAAGGCCGCCAUACAACUAAGAUUGAUGCGCCCGCGCAGCCUCGCCUGGGCGAUACUGUUAAACGCGCUGCCCCCUCUCAACGGCGAUAUUAUUACAAGCAUAAAAACUCACAGGAACUUUUACAACGAUUUAAAAUUGAAACUGUCAAUGGAUCCUCGAACUGUUAUUGGUGACGACCCCUCGCAAAACGAUGAGAGCGUGUGGAAACAACACUUCUGUGAUAAUGAGCUGAAGACGUUAAUACUACAAGACGUGGUGCGGACAUUCCCAGACGAACUGUAUUUUAGAGAUAAGGAUGUACAGGACACUAUGGUGCGGGUUUUGUUCUUCUGGGCCCGGUCACACUCGAAUGUGGGGUACCGGCAGGGCAUGCAUGAAGUACUAGCGCCGCUACUCUUCGAACUGUACUUAGAUAGGAAAUUCGCACCUAAUGAUAUUAGUGACAAAUUAAAGAUAAUAUUAGAUGAAGAAUAUUUGGAACAUGACAGUUUUAUGUUAUUCAGUGCGGUAAUGAAGGGUUUGGAGAAGUUCUACGUGACGGGAGAGGUGGCGCCCUCUGCCACCGGCCGCAUGCCCUCAGCUAGAACGAUACAUAAUCCAAAUGAAGUGAUCAAAUAUUUAGAAAGAGUGAAAGUGGAUUAUUUAUUGCCCAUAGACUACGAGCUAGUGUUUUUAGACCAGUGCAAUAUAUCUAUGGAACUUUUCGGAAUUCGAUGGCUCCGGUUACUUUUCGGCCGGGAGUUCCCCCGUUCAGAAUUACCCCACUUAUGGGGUUUCCUCUUUUGUGAUGGGCCGAUGUUACCAAACUUGCAUUACGUCAUCGUUGCCAUGUUGGUGUCAAUAAGGAACACAUUGCUGUCGGCGGGCGGCGGCGGCGCGCUGUGUGCGCUGAUGCGGCCGCUGUGGCUGUCGGCGGCGCACGUGGCGGCGCUGGCGCUGCACCUGCGCGCGCCGCACGACCACCCGCGC